UAUAACUUCAUGUAUCAUAGAUUUCUUGUGAUAAAAAAAAAAAAAAAAAAACACAAAAAUGAUAAUAAAAAGAAAUUUGAAUAUAAAGUAUCAUCGUGAUUAAUUAAUACCUAAGACGAUAAAUAAUAGAACAUAUAAUUACAAUGCAAUCAAAUCUCGAAAGUGGAUUGCAAUUAAUUACAAGGUUAAGAAAAAAUCUAUGUGUUUCAGAGUUUGACGACACUCUUUUUUUUAACGGAUUAAAAAAUACGGACAUUAUAGAAAUAACUGGAGAUGUAUCCAGUGGAAAAUCACUUUUGUUAGCGAACAUUCUUGCCAAGUGCAUACUUCCUAAUAGGUACGACGACAUUCAUGUUAAAGGUCUUGCAGCUUCAGCAAUAUUAAUAAAUACUGAUUGUCAUUUUCAAAUAUCAAAAUUAGUUAAAAUAAUGACGACGAUUGUGACUGAUGUAUAUAAAUCCAUUGAUAUAAAGAAAGUAAAUAAUGAAACGAUAAAUAAAAUUGUUAAUGAUGUGCUCGAUAAUUUAAUUAUAAUUAAUUGUUAUGGAAAUGAUCAAUUUCUAUUAACAUUACAUACAUUGGAAAGUAUAUUAUUUUGCAAUGAAAAGAUUGUAAUUUUGGCAAUCGAUAGUAUAUCAGCAUAUUAUUGGCAAAACAGAGAAAAUAAUGAUAUUAAGUCUCUAGAUACCUACGUGAUAAAUUUAAUAAAACUUAUUCGAGCAACCACAUCUCAAUACAAUGUUAUAACGAUUUAUACAAGACCAAGUGCAUUGACUAUAAAUGAUAUUAAGUCCGUAAAAUUUAUUACUACAAAUAUUUUAAAAGAAUUAAAUUAUAUUAUUCGCUUAUUUAAAAAUAAUGAUUCAGAAAAACAUUUGUGCUUAAUAGAGUCAAAAAAAGAAACAAGAACUAUCAGCUUUAUGAUUAAUACUGGUAUUAUUAAGUGGAUAACAGAAAGAGAUUAAUUAAAUAUUUACAUUUAUAAA